ACAGUGCAAGUGAUCGGUUCGCUGUUGCUGUUUUGUAGCAUUGCAACAGCUAAAUUUAAAUUUGAAGAGGAAACCUGCCACUCUUUCGGUCCAGAUGCUCAUGUUUAUCCGCAAACAACAUCGACAUUAGAUCAUAAGUUACAGUACACCAAGGCAGUCAUUUCCAGACCGGCACCGAGCUUUGAAGGUACAGCAGUUAUCAACAACGAAUUUACUCAGAUCUCAUUAUCGGACUAUCUCGGGAAAUAUGUCGUCUUCUUCUUCUAUCCACUGGAUUUCACAUUUGUAUGUCCGACCGAAAUUCUUGCCUUUUCUGACCGCAUUGAGGAAUUCAAGAACAUUAACACCGAAGUAAUCGCCUGCAGCAUUGAUUCCCAUUUUACGCAUCUGGCAUGGAUAAAUACACCACGGAAAGAGGGAGGACUAGGUAAGGUAGCAAUACCACUCGCUCAGUGACGAUGUCCCAUCGGGAUAUCGAAGGAUUAUGGCGUUUAUUUGGAGGAUUUGGGUCACACCCUCAGAGGUCUUUUCAUCAUUGAUCAUCGUGGUAUCUUGCGACAAAUCACGAUGAACGAUUUACCGGUUGGCCGAUCCGUCGAUGAGACACUGAGACUGGUGCAAGCAUUCCAAUAUACUGAUCAACAUGGAGAAGUAUGUCCGGCAGGUUGGAAGCCAGGUGGCGCAACGAUCGUUCCGAAUCCCAACGAAAAGAAGAAAUAUUUCGAGAAGACUAAUCAGUGAAUCACAGUGUGUUCGUUACAUACCUAAAAUAAAAAGAUUUCUUUUUGUACUGAAA